AUGGCCAGAUUGACGGAGAGCGAGGCGAGGCGGCAGCAGCAGCAGCAACUCCUGCAGUCCAGAGCCUCCCCCAUGAGCAGCGGCCCCGAGCCCCCCGUCCAGCCGGACAGCAUGAAGGACCUGGAUGCCAUAAAGCUCUUCGUUGGCCAGAUCCCCCGCAACCUGGAGGAGAAGGACCUCAAGCCCCUUUUCGAGCAAUUCGGCAAGAUCUACGAGCUGACGGUGCUCAAAGACCGCUACACCGGCAUGCACAAAGGGUGCGCUUUCCUCACCUACUGUGCCAGGGAUUCCGCCAUCAAGGCCCAGACUGCUCUGCACGAACAAAAGACUCUGCCUGGGAUGGCGCGCCCGAUCCAGGUGAAGCCUGCGGACAGCGAGAGCCGUGGAGGCAGGGACCGGAAGCUUUUCGUGGGCAUGCUGAACAAGCAGCAAUCUGAGGAGGAUGUUCUCCGACUUUUCCAGCCCUUUGGGGUGAUCGAUGAGUGCACCGUGCUCCGGGGCCCCGAUGGGAAUAGUAAAGGCUGUGCUUUUGUGAAGUUCUCGUCCCACACGGAAGCCCAGGCUGCCAUCCAUGCCCUCCAUGGCAGCCAGACAAUGCCAGGCGCCUCCUCCAGCCUGGUGGUGAAGUUCGCGGACACAGACAAGGAGAGGACCCUUCGGAGAAUGCAGCAGAUGGUAGGCCAGCUGGGCAUCUUCACGCCAUCCCUUACACUGCCCUUCAGCCCCUACAGUGCCUACGCGCAGGCCCUUAUGCAGCAGCAAACCACAGUACUGUCCACCUCCCACGGCAGCUACCUGAGCCCAGGUGUGGCCUUCUCCCCCUGCCACAUCCAGCAGAUUGGCGCUGUAAGCCUCAAUGGGAUUCCUGCUACACCCAUCGCCCCAGCAUCUGGGCUACAUUCUCCACCACUCCUAGGAACAGCAGCUGUGCCAGGUCUUGUCACCCCCAUCACCAACGGCUUUGCAGGUGUGGUGCCUUUCCCUGGUGGGCAUCCGGCCUUAGAAACUGUAUACGCCAAUGGUCUUGUGCCCUACCCAGCUCAGAGUCCCGCAAUGGCUGAGACCCUCCAUCCAGCUUUCUCAGGAGUCCAGCAGUACACAGCGAUGUAUCCAACUGCGGCCAUCACGCCCAUUGCCCACAGCGUUCCACAGCCUCCGCCCAUCAUCCAGCAGCAGCAGCAGCGAGAAGGUCCCGAAGGCUGUAACCUGUUUAUCUACCACCUCCCCCAGGAGUUUGGAGACAGCGAGCUGAUGCAAAUGUUCCUGCCCUUCGGCAACAUCAUUUCCUCCAAGGUGUUCAUGGACAGAGCCACUAACCAGAGCAAGUGCUUCGGUUUUGUGAGCUUCGACAACCCAUCCAGUGCCCAGACGGCCAUCCAGGCCAUGAAUGGCUUCCAGAUUGGCAUGAAGAGAUUGAAGGUCCAGUUGAAGAGGCCCAAAGAUGCCAGCCACCCUUACUGA